CAAAAAGUGGCGCGAAAAAUGUUGAAUAACGUCAACUGUCAAAAAUAGUCUUCGUAUUUAUAUGUUUAAAAUGUUGUAAAAUACCUAGUUUCAUGAGAUAAGAUUUAAAUUAAAUAGCUAUAUUUUGUAUUGACUCUAUCUAUGUUGAAAAUAUUGCUGACAUUAAUAUUACAAUGACUGCAUUAACUGUAUUAGAUACUCCUUCCGUUAUUACCGAUUCUACUUGUGAUGAUGUUAGUGAUACGAAAAACAAGAAUAAUUUACAAAAAGCUAUUAUAUUUGGUGACCUGAAACCUGAGGAAGGGAAUCUAAAAGAUAUAAAUAAUUUGAGCGAUGACGAUGUUGCCCCAAUUGUGGCGCCUAAAAAGCGUGCUCAGCACUUUACAGGUUUUGAUAGUGAUGAAGACAACAUUAGUAAAAGUGUUGAAAUGUCCCCACAGACAGUAAAUGAAAAAGGGAAUUCCCAGGAAAUAAAUCCCAAACCAAAUUUGGAUUCCAAAAAACCUAAAGAAAGGAAAUCGACAAGGAUAAAAAGAAUAGACAGUUCUGAUAGUGAUCAUAGUUCUUCAGAAAAACUUAUUGAUAGUGAAGAUAAUGCGUUUGUUAGAAAAUCAGUAAGAAGGGAAGACAAAGAAAAUACUCUUAAAGAUAAAUUCAAAAGUAUGCUCUUACAUAGAAAAACUGGUCCAAUGACUUCUGAUGAUGUGGAACCCAAAAAUGUGACUUCUGCUAAUAGUGAAUCAGAUGAUGAGUUUUCUUGUCUUAAAAUAAAGCAGAAAGUUAAAAGUAAUGUUCAAGCCAUGAAAUCUAUAUGUGACCCCGACACCUCCGAUGAAGAAGACAACAGUCAAAUGAAAUCGUUCAAAAGGAGGUCUAAACCAAAGAUGACUAAAUCUACAUCUCCUAAACCAAUCAAAAUGACAGCAAAACAGGCGUUGGAAAAUAAGCAAAAGAUUAAAAGUGAAUCAAAUCGCAUGUUAAGAGAAAAAGGUGUCUCGUUGCCGUAUCAUAGGCCAAAGGCUUUGACCUUGAAAGAUAUAAUGAGUAGAAGAAAACCGGCCAUUAGUUCUGAUGGAAGGACUUUGCCCAUUAAAAUGAACGAAGAUCAGCUGAGACAAUAUGCAAUGUUAUUGGAACAAAGACAGAAGGAGGUUAUAGAAUUAUGUAAAAGUGAUAGUGAGGAAGAGGACAAAGGAGUUGAACAAAUGGAUGUAACAAAUGAUAACAAAGGAGUGGCAGAUGAAUGCACCGAAGAAACCACUACACUUAUCACAGAAUUAAUUUCAAACAGUAAUGAAGAAAGUGAUGUGAACCUUGACAACUCUGUAGAAGUCAAUAAUCUCGACAGAAGUGACAAACAACUAGAACCGUCGGAAUCACUCCAUUUACCUACAGAAUCAGAAUCCUCAAAUAAAAAUGUUACUGAUACUCUGUCUGACAUUAGUAAAACAGAUGUUGAGUGUCAAGAAAGUCAUUUAGAAGAAAAUAUUGUAUUACAAAAGUCAGUUUCAGAUGAAAGUCAAAAAAUUUCAUUAAUUUAUGAUUCAGAAAAGACUAUCGUUGAAGACACAGAUUCUAAAGUAGAGAAUGAAGCUGCUGAAGUAAUUAAAGAUAAUGGUGAGGACAGGAGUGCUGAAUUUUCAGACUGUGAAAUGAAUUUUGAUGAAAUAGAUAAAAUUAUUGAAGAGGCUGAAAUUAUUUGUAAUAAAACCAAUUGCAACAAACCAAUUCCAAAACUCACCGGCGGACCGGGCACCUUAAUAGAUUUGGAUAAUGAAGACACAGCGUCAAGGAAGUUAAGUGGCGUUGAACUGUUGAAGGAGAGAUUUAGUUUUUUCGCCAAAAUAAAGACAUUAGAAGACAUUGAAAAGGAUCGGGAAAAGAAAUAUAAACCAGGUACUCAACAUUUAAAAUUAAAACACGAACUCGAGGAGCAGAUAGCUGAACAGAGAUCAUUGGAAUGGGAAAAGCGACUUCUAGAAGAACAGCAAUUAAAAUCUGAAUUAAAUGGUGAGACUGGUGAAGAUGAUAUCGAGAAACUUGAAGCUAAGAUGGAAGAAAUAGAAAAAGAAGAAGACGAGAAUGAUAAUGGAGUUUCAGAGAGUGAGGAGGAAUUGGUAGAAGACGAUGUUCUCAUAGAAGACAAGCCGAAAAAACGGAAUCCUAUGUUUGAUGAUGAAGCAGAAGUGAGUGAUGAUGAGUCCAAAGAAGAUCUGGAUAACGAUGAUGAAUCGAAUGAAGAUCUGGACAGCGAAGAAUCCAGCUCCGAGUCAGAUGAUUGCAAACCCAAAAAAGGUAGAAUCUUAAAGGCCUUUGAAGAUUCUGAUGAUGAAAAGGAAAAUGAACGAACAAUUAGUGAUGAUUUAAACAGAGGUGAAACUGGGGAAAUUGAAGUCAUAAAUGAUGAUGCUGCUAUAAGAGAAUCACAAGAUGACGAACUGCCACUGGCUCAAGUGAAUAAAUUAUCAGAUGAUGUAUUUUCAACACAAACAACUGAAACUGAAUCUGAAAAUAUAGAUGGAUGUUGUGGUGUUGUUAUAAGCGCUCACAGUAUCUGUUUAUCAAAUCCUGAUCUAUCAAAAAUGAUCAAAUCUGACAUUAAUCCCGACAACAUGGAUGUUUGUGGAACUAUAGAAGAUGAUGCAAUUAUGGAUGAUAUUGCUGGAAUGUGCUCUGGAAGUUUCUCACAGAACCUUGUUAACUCUCAAACGCUACCAUCAACACAAUCACAGGAGUUCGGUGAUGACAUUGCAGAUAUGUGCACUGGAAAAUUCUAUGAGAAUCCACUUGUAUCUCAGGAUAUUAGUUCUGAAGUCACAGGAUCCGAGGAGAAAUCGCAAAACAUAGAAAAAGAAUCGUUAUUGCUUGAAAAAGCUACUAAUAAUUUAAUAGACGGAGUAACGGACCAAAAUGUAUCAAAUACGAGUGGGAAUGACAUAACCAAACAGAACACAGUAUUAAAUUCGAUUCUAGAUGAAUUAGAUGACUUAGAGGAUAAGCCUAAACAAAAUAAGUAUUUCGCAACCGACGUGCCGUCUAAGGACCACAGAAAGAAAUUUGUUAUUGAAUCAGAUGAUGAAGCUAUUGAGAAUUCACCAAAAAAGACCAAGAAACUUAAGAAAAAGAAGGCAGAGCAACGUGCUUUACAUAUAUCAGAUGAUGAAGAAGAAGAUAAUGUAGAAAGUGACUUAGAAGAACAAGAUGACAGGAUUGUGGAGUACGAUUCAGAGGAGAAUGAGAUCGUAGUACAGCAGCCAAAAACCAAACAAUCAAAGAAAGGAAUAACAGAUUUCUUUGAGAAUGAGGCUGAAUUGACAUCUGAAGAUGAAUGGGUGGGUUCUGGUGAUGAAGAUGAACGGGGCCUGGACCGGAUGGAGAGGGAAGAAGGAGACAAUGACAGCUUCCAUCAAGGACAGCUGCAGAGGGAGCUGGGACAGAUACAUAUGCGUGAAGUCUUAGACCAGGACAAACGUGAAGUGAGGCUCAUACAGGAACUGCUGUUCGAAGACGGAGACUUGGGUGAUGGACACCGACAGAGAAAGUUUCGCUGGCAUAAUGCAGAUGGUGAAGAAGAAACCGGAACAUAUCCUGAAGAAUUUACAGAUACACAGGAAGAUGAAUUUGAAUCUGAAGAACAGUGGAGAAAGGAAAGACAUGAAAGAGAAAUGUUUAUAAGGCAAAUGCGUGAAAAAGAUGAAGAGCCAAACAAGAGUAUAACCAGAAGCACAAUAAUUAAAGCGAAUUUAUCUUCUCGAAGUGUCUCAUCUUUGAUCAACGAUAAUACAAUCAUUAAACCUGUAGAAAAACCUGUGGUUGAGAAAAAAUCUGCAAAAGAUAUACCUAGUCCAAAGAGAGGAUUCACAAUUUUUCAGCAAAACUAUCACACGUCUUUAUUAACACGUGGAAGGGGAGCUUUGGCUAGACUAGCUGCUCUGGCAACACCGCUAGCUGAUGAUGACACGCCCAGAAACAUUACCAAUAACAGAGGGAACUUCGUCUUCACUUCCAUUAAUCCUGAUGAUAAUUCGAAGGUUCCUACUAAACGAAAGGCUGAAAUAAUCCACACUCCAAGACUUAUAAAGAAAUUGAAGACUGAAAGUUCAAAUGUACGGAAGCCAUCGUUGUUUGACCACAUAAAAAUAUAAUUAUAAUAUAAUAGUAUUAAAUAGUGACAUCAAAAUGUAACAAUGUGUAAAAAAUAAAAUAAUAUUACAGUA